AGUAGAAGAAGUGGGCCAGGCGUAUGUUGUCUCCCACGAGCCGAAAACUUCGUUGUUAAGCGUGUAUAAUCUUGUCGUUAUCCCAUCGACUGCCGUUACCUGGAGUCUUAAGUGGUAAUUUGUCAGUCUGUACGUUGGCGCCGAGGAUAGCUGAGAGUUUGGAGAGAAGUGUCAUUUCACAUUGGUGAAGUGUUCCCACAAGCCGACGGAAAGAUGCAGAUCACGCUAAAGACGCUGCAACAACAAACUUUCCAAAUUGAAAUCAAUGAAGACCUAACAGUGAAGGUUUUGAAAGAGCGAAUCGAGGCGGAGAAAGGCAAAGACAACUUUCCCGUCACGGGACUGAAGCUCAUUUAUGCAGGCAAAAUCUUGCAAGAUGACACCGCCAUCAAAGAGUACAAGAUCGACGAGAAGAACUUCGUGGUGGUGAUGGUGUCUAAGGCCAAACCUCCUCCCGCCCCCUCGGCCCCCCCUGAGCCCCCCAAGGCUGAGGCGUCGGCGUCUGCGUCUGCGUCUGCGUCAGCGUCAGCAUCAGCAGGGGCGGCAACCGCGGCGGCAACGGGUUCCACGGCGACGCCUCCCCCUCCCGUCCACGCCGCCAUCCCCAUCCCCCCCGACGAGGACCGGCCCGCCACUCGGCCGCCGGCGCAGCAGCCCACGACACCGACGACGCCGGUCUCGCAGGGCAGGUCUGCUCCACCAACAGAAGGUUUUGGCGAUCUUGCUUUAUCAGCUCUGGUGACGGGCCCGGCGUACGAGGCGAUGGUGACGGAGAUCAUGUCGAUGGGUUACGAGCGUGACCGCGUGGAGGCCGCCCUGAGAGCCAGCUUCAACAACCCCGACCGAGCCGUGGAGUACCUCCUCACCGGAAUCCCAACCACCGUCCCAGUGCAAGAGACCAGCCCACCAGCAGCUAACCUGUCCUCUGAGACGCACUCGUCAGAAGGUGAGAACCCUCUGGAGUUCCUGCGUUCUCAGGCCCAGUUCCAGAGCAUGCGGCAGGUGAUCCAACAGAACCCGUCCCUGCUCCCCGCCCUCCUCCAGCAGCUGGGCCAGGACAACCCAGCACUACUGCAGCAAAUCAGCCAGCACCAGGAGCAGUUCAUCCAGAUGUUGAACGAGCCGCAGGGGGAGGGAGGGGAGCUGGGGGAGGGGCCUGACACGGCCGACCCCUCCGAGCCCGGCGACCUGGGCGCCAUGGUGGACGACCUCGCCUCCGGCAACUACAUCCAGGUCACGGCCCAGGAGAAGGAGGCCAUUGAGAGGUUAAAAGCGUUGGGCUUCCCUGAGGCACUGGUGGUGCAGGCCUACUUCGCCUGUGAGAAGAACGAGAACCUCGCUGCCAAUUUCCUCCUCAACCAGAACUUUGACGACGACUGAGCCAAUGAGAAAUGCACGUUUGUGUGUGUGUGUUUGUGUGUGUGUGUGUGUGUGUGUGUGUGUGUGUGAGUGAGUGUGAGAGAGAAUGAGUGAGUGAGUGAGUGUGCUUGUUCAUGGUCCGUUCACCCUCCAACAGACAGCUCAACAUGGACUUAUGUAUACACACGCACACACACACUUACACACACACACACACACACACAUUUACACACACACACACAUUUACACAUGCAUGCACACACAUGUACACACACACAUAGAAAAACUCUCAAAUGAAGUCAAGCACACUAAACACACACACACACACACACACACACACACACACACACACGCACACACACACACACACACACACGCACACACUCUGACUGAUGUACACACUUAUGGACACUACUAAGUGGGGUACAGGUGUAUUGAAAUGUGUUGGAGGCGUAAAAGAUAGACCCUAAAAAAAGACUAAAACAUU